GAAAGUUCGUUUGCGUAAUUUAUAUUUCUAAGUUUCUUUUUCCCCCAGCAUUACUGGUAAUACUCAUUUCAUGCAAGUGAUAUUGUCAAGAAAAAUGUUAAAAGUGAGAAUAUAUUAGAAAAGAUUGAAUUUCUUGAUGAAAUGCUGAAUGAAAAAAGGUAAAAAGUUUCAUACCACUGUGGUACAUAUAAAAUCUCAUCAUCAAAAAUGUAAGCAUACUGCCCAGAAACAUGUUGAUUCAAGAUUAAAGAAUCUAUAUCUGUGCCGAAUCAUUCCCGUCAAAGAAGUUUCUUAACCACUCACAAAUAUAUUCGUAAUACAGGAGAAAUACCAUAUUCCUAACAUAACUGUGGUGAAUCUGUUUCAAAGGUGUCUCUUAUUUACUCAUGAAUACAUUCAUACAAGAAAGAUGCUCUAUCACUGUGAUAUUUGUGAUAAAUCGUUCUAUAAGGCAAGUAAUUUAACGAGACACAAAGUCGUUCAUACAGGAGAGAAACCUUAUCACUGUGAUAUCUGUGAUAAAUCAUUCAUUCGAAAUUCUGAUUUAACUAAACACAAACGCAUUCAUACAGGAGAGAAGCCAUAUCAGUGUGAUAUUUGUGGUAAAUCAUUCUCUGUAACAAGUACUUUAACUACUCACAAACACAUUCAUACAGGAGAAAAACCAUAUCACUGCGAUAUCUGUGGUAAAUUAUUCUCUGUUACAAGUAGUUUAACUACUCACAAACGAUUUCAUACAGGAGAGAACCCAUAUCACUGUGAUAUUUGUGGUAAAUCAUUUUCUCACAGUGGUGUUUUAACUAAUCACAAGCGAAUUCAUGCAAGAGAUAAAGCAUAUCACUGUGAUACAUGUGGUAAAUCAUUCUCUGAUAGAAGUACUUUGGCUACUCACGAACGUAUUCAUAUAGGAGUUAAACCUUAUCACUGUGAUAUCUGUAGUAAAUCAUUCCUUCGAAAUUAUGAUUUAACUAAACACAAACGAAGUCAUACUGGAGAGAAGCCAUACUGCUGUGAUAUAUGUAAGAAAUCAUUUACUCGAAAUUAUGAUUUAAAUAUACACAAACGCAUACAUACAGGAGAGAAACCAUAUCACUGUGAUAUCUGUGGUAAAUCAUUCUCUGUCAUAAGUUCUUUAACUACUCAUAGACGUAUUCAUACUGGAGAAAACCCAUUCCACUGUUACACAUGUGGUAAAUCAUUCUCUCAAAGUGGUGUUUUAACUAAACACAAACGAAUUCAUACUGGGGAUCGAACAUAUGGCUGUGCUAUCUGUGGUUAGUCAUUUUCUGAAGGAAGUACCUUAAUUACUCACAAACGUAUACAUACAGGGGAGAAACCAUAUCAUUGUGAUAUCUGUGGUGAAUCCUUCUCUCAUAGAGCUAGCUUAACUACUCACAAGCACAUUCAUACAGGAGAGAAGCCAUAUCACUGUCACAUCUGUGGUAAAUCAUUUACUCAAAGUGGUGUGUUAACUAAACACAAAAGAAUUCAUACAGGAGAUAAAGCAUUAGCAAAUACUUUAGUUUCUUAAGUAUUAUUAUUAUCAUUUUUGUUUGGUUAUUCGAAGUGGUGAGCUGGCAAAAUUGUUAGCACGCCAGGCAAAAUGUUUGGUGACAUUUCAUCUGUUUUCUCGUUCUGAGUUCAAAUUCCACUGAGGUUGACUUUCGGGGUCAAUAAAAUAAGUACUAGUUGAGUACUGGGGUUAGUGUAAUCGGCUAUCCCCCUCCCCCAAAUUUCAGGCCUUGUGCUUAUAGAAGAAAGGGUUAUUAUUUUUGGUUGGUUGUGUCUCAACAGAUGUUGUGCAUUGCUCCUGCAAGUCUGCCCUAAGGGGUAAAAUUUUGAAUGGAAAGUUUUCCUUUCAAAGAUUUUUUCUUCAUAUAUCAAUAUGGUGGAGCUCUCGUCACCAAACAAACAACAAGAGAGAGAGUGGCAGUUGCAGGUAAUAAUCAGUGUCUUUCUGUUUCUGCCAGCCAAGCUACCUCAUCCAUGCCACAAAACAUAGAAGGUGGUAGCAAUAAUGACAACCAACACUACCAUCGCAUCACUGCAGAAAAAGACAGAGUUAACGACAUACUACACUAGAGGAAAGAAAUACAGGACAGUGGAGGUACGCUUCGUGAGUGAAGAAGUGAUAAAACACUCCACUGCCUUUGAGAUCAACUGAGUGGGUGCUACUACCAACCUACUGUGGCAAACGUGCAGCCAGACUAAGGAUUGGUAGAGUGCCCCCAGAAAUUGAUGAGGCAUGGCUGGUAGCAGCCAUCCUCUAUAACACAGAGGACGAUACCCAAAUAUUAAAGACCACAAGAACUACGGAGGUGAACUCAUUGGUAUAUGGACUGAAGGUAUCAGUUCAUAUAAGCUUACCAGACCUCCACAGAAUUGCAGAAAAAUUGGUACUACCGGACGAGACAAGGUUGAGAAUUGUGGCGGAAGGAAGACCUCCCGUGUGCUAUCUAUGUGGAGUAAGGGGACACAUGAAAGCUAAGUAUCCCCAAAAACACGAAGAGGAGGAGAUAGAGAAGGAACAUCAAGAAGAAGAGAGUUUAAUCGUAGAGGAGGAAAAAAUGGAAGAACAGUAUACAGUGGUAAAGAGGAAGAAAAGUAACUCAGACUCACCACCAAAGAGUCGUAGGAAGAAGAGAAAGGCAAGUGGAGAGGAGACGCAGAGUGGAAAACAUGAAUAAACGAACGAGCAGAGAAAAAAAUUAAAGGUCAACAAAUGUAAGUGAGGAGUGAACGCAGAGACCGUUACCAUCAUCUAGCAAGGAGAAGAGAGUACAGAAGAAAAAGGAAAAUGAAAGAGAGAAUGGGAGACAUACAGAGAUAGGAAUAUAAGUAACAGAAGAAGAGAUUGGUAAAAGAAAACAGAGAGUGACACCAAAAGGGAAAAAUCUAAGAACAAUGGUACAAUACACAAAAAGUGUAGAGAUAGAAAAAAUGAUUGCAAAGAUGAAGAACGUAAUUAGGAUUAAAUUGGCGCCCAAGGAGGACAAUGAAGGUAUGAAAGCUGUUUUGCUGGAAAGAGAAAGAGGAGCUGUUUUGGGAAAGGAUAGAUGUGACAAUGGUACAGUUUCAUUACGAUGAUUUGCUGCUGGUGGUGGAAUAUCAUCAUCAUCAUCAUCAUCGUUUAACGUCCGCUUUCCAUGCUAGCAUGGGUUGGACGAUUUGACUGAGGACUGGUGAAACCGGAUGGCAACACCAGGCUCCAGUCUGAUUUGGCAGAGUUUCUACAGCUGGAUGCCCUUCCUAACGCCAACCACUCAG